UUUUUGUUUGUAUUUGCAGUACGUGUUGACUGACAUUAGAUGUAUUUCUGUGUACUUGCAUUUGCAGUACAUGUUGUACAGUGACAGUACCGUGGCCGUGUACUCGAUGGAAACAGAGACUCCGACAGCUGAAGACAUCCAGCUGCUGAAGAAGACUGUGGAGAGCGAGGCCGCACAGGGUCUGAAGGACCUGAAGAAGGACAAGGUCCUGAUGAGGAGGAAGUCGGAGCUGCCGCAGGACGUCUACACCAUCAAAGCUCUGGAGGCUCACAAGAGAGCCGAGGAGUACCUGACAGCCAAUCAGGAGGCCCUCUGA